GUAUUUUGGGGGACAAUGUGCUUUAAAUGAGAGGGGUUGGGGUUUGUUUGAAAGUAGUUUUGCCUAUUUCAGCACCGUUUGCCUCCGUAGCAGAGCUUCCACGUUCCUGAAUCCUCCUCAUCAGAGAUGGCGGCUCGGCCUGCCCAAGUUCUCUUUCCCAUCGCUCUGGUGAUUGCAGGCACCGUGGUGGCAGGUUCUGGAGACUCCAUGGAAACACUUGAGAACAGUGGUGAAGGCGACGACAGAUCUACAGAGAGGACAGGACUCGUUUGUCCUUGCACUCAGGGAUGCUGUGCCAAUGCCUGGUUUCAAUACAAAGAUGCUUGUUACCUACCAGUCACAGGCGACACUCACGACUGGAGUACAGUUAAGGAGAACUGUGAGAGAUUCGGUACCCAUCUAGCCUCUGUUCAUAGCGAUGAUGAGCAAAGCUUCAUCUUUCACGUGAUGGGGCAACGGACGCGUUACUGGAUUGGCGCAGAGGGAACUGAUGAUCCAGCAGCGCCCUGGAGAUGGACCGAUAACUCCACGUGGCGGUAUGAGAAAUUUGGACAGCCUUUAAGACCGAGCAACCCUCCGAUACCCAUGGCACUGGCAGUCAACAGAUCAAAAGAUAAAGGUUCGGGGCAGGGGUAUCUACUGGAUCGAUGAACCUAAGAGUAAUCAACACAUGUACGUCUGCAAAUACCUUCUGUAUUGAGGAUGCACCCCAGGGCUAAAGGAGAAUUGCAUCUGGUUUUAAGAAGCUAUUGUGUGCCUUUGCUUAGCGACUAUUAUUCCGGUAGCUGAAAUGGUUCUGGAGCAGAUGGAUGUCCAAACAAUGGCUCUCAGAUCAUAGUCAACUGAAUAGUGAACUUUUGAGUUUCACAGAGUUAGGAAAAUGCUUCUGACCCAUAGAGAAUUUUUGACUUCAGACGUGUGAUACCCCACUUCCAUUCUGAAGUGAAACAGUCCAGCGAUGAGUGUACUGUGUGCCUCCUUUGAAUACUGGUUGUGAGAAUGUUACAUCUGUCGAUGUGGCAAGGGAAAAUCCAGGAAAUUAAAUGGGAAGCAGCUACACUAUUUAUUUCUCAUUUGCAGAAUGGGCUGAAAAUGUACAUGCAUGUUUUCUGAAAUGAUAUGGAGCAAAUAUUAAAAACAGGGUACGGCUGA